GGGGCUCCGUGAAAAUUAACCUUUACACAACUAUGCAACGGCGCGAGGUCGAAACCUUCGUCGAUAGUGAUGGAGCUCUCCCUUCUCCUCCUCCUCCGCCCAUCGCCGGAACCCUAGAUUUCUCCGGCGAGCCCCCGACCACCUCGAAACCGUAGAUGCCCCUUCGAUGCUUCUCCUGUCCCCUCCUCCUCCGCCGCUCCCUCCACGCAUCCCCCUCCCUCCGCCGCCCCCGCCGCAUCCCCUCCUCGGAGCUCCUCGACCGCCUCUGCCGCAUCCUAACCCUAGAGCGCUUCCACGCCGUGGAGAAGCUCCCCCUCGACUUCUCCGACGAGCUCCUCGCCGCCGUCCUCGGCCGCCUCCGCCUCGACCCUGGCGCCUCCCUCCGUUUCUUCGAGAUUGCCUCCGCCCAACCCUACUUUCGACCCAAUCUCCAAUCCCACUGUAAGCUCGUCCAUAUCCUCUCCCGCGGCCGCCUCUUCCACGACGCGAGGGCGUACAUACGGGACUCGGUGCGGAUCUCCGGCGCCGCGAGGUCGCCGGUAACCUUCCUCUUCAAUGAGCUGCUUAGCGUUUACAGGGAGUUCUCUUUCUCGCCCAUGGUGUUCGACAUGCUCCUCAAGGUCUACGCUGAAUCCGGGUUCCGAAAACAUGCCCUCUACGUGUUUGAUAAUAUGCCCAAAUGUGGAUUGAAGCCUAGUUUGCGCUCAUGCAAUAGUCUUUUAAGCUGUUUGGUUAAGUGCGGCGAGAGCGGUGUGGCGAUUCAUGUGUAUGAGCAGAUGGGUAGGGCCGGGAUUCUACCCGAUGCCUUCACGGUUUCUAUAGUGGUUGAUGCUUAUUGUAGUGAUGGGAAGGUAGAAAAGGCUGUGGAAUUUAUGUCGGAAAUGGAAAGGAAGGGUUUUGAGGUGAAUCUCGUGGCGUACCAUUCGUUGAUUAAUGGGUAUUGCAGUUUGGGUCAGACGGAAGCAGCAGUGAACAUUUUCAACUCUAUUAACAACAAAGGGAUCUCGCCGAAUGUUGUUUCUUAUACUCUGUUGAUUAAGGGAUAUUGCAAAGAAGGGAAGGUUGAGGAAGCCGAGAGAGUCCUUACGGAUAUGAAGGAGGUUCCUGGUGUGGUGAUCGAUGAAGUAGCUUAUGGUGCUCUCAUAAACGCUUAUUGCCAAUUGGGAAGAAUGGACGACGCAAUCCGGAUCAGGGGUGAAAUGUUAAGCACCGGACUGAAGGCGAAUGUGUUUGUUUAUAAUGCCAUGAUCAAUGGGUAUUGCAAACUGGGGAAAAUGAUAGAAGCUGAGAAGACAGCAAAAGAUAUGGAAGAUGCACAUUUAACGCCAGAUUCUUACAGCUAUAAUGCGCUCAUAAAUGGAUAUUGCCGAGAGGGUCACAUGAUCAAAGCAUUUGAGAUUUGUGACAGAAUGUUAAACAAGGGGAUUGAACCGACGGUUCUAACCUAUAAUACGCUUUUCAAGGGUUUUUGCUCGAUGGGUUCUGUUGAUGAUGCCCUUAAACUGUGGUGUUUGAUGUUGAAACGGGGUGUGGCGCCUAAUGAAAUUAGCUGCAGCACCUUAAUGGAUGGCCUCUUUAAGGCAGGUAGACCUGAACAAGCUUUGAAGCUUUGGAGCGAAAUCUUAGUCAGGGGCUUUACGAAGAGCGUAGUCACUUUUAAUACAGUUAUCAAUGGGUUAUGUAAGAUCGAGAGGAUGGCAGAAGCGGAAGAGGUUAUUACCAAGAUGCGAGAAUGGGGAAGUUCUCCCGAUAGCUUAUCUUAUAGGACACUAAUCGAUGGUUACUGUAGAAUAGGCGAUAUUCUCGGUGCUUCAAAAAUUCGGGAUGAGAUGGAAAAAUUAGGGUUUUCUCCUUCAAUUGAAAUGUUCAAUUCAUUGAUUACGGGAUUGUUCAAAUCUAAGAUGUGCAGUAAGGUCGAUGAUCUUCUAUCUGAAAUGCGUGUGAAGAGAUUGGCUCCCAAUAUUGUAACUUAUGGAACUCUAAUUGCCGGUUGGUGUAAAGAAGGAAAUGUAGCAAAUGCAUUAGAGUUUUAUUUCGAAAUGACUGAGGAAGGUUUAACUCCGAAUAUAUUUAUAUGUGGUAGCCUAAUAAGUGCUCUCUACAGGGAGGGCAAGAUUGAUGAGGCAAAUUUGAUGUUGCAGAAAAUGGUAGAUAUUAGCAUGCUUCAAGAUUACCAAAUUAUUGCUAAGCCUUUUGAUUGCAACACUAACGAGAUCAAUAUGGAUAAACUUGCAGUAGUCUUUAAUGGAGCUGCAAGUGUAAAUCUUGAACCAACAAACAUUAUGUGGAAUAUUGUGAUAUGUGGUCUAUGCAAGUCUGGGAAGGUUGCGGAUGCACAAAGAUUUUUCAGAGAACUGUUAAACAGAGGCUUUGUACCUGACAAUUUUACUUACUCGACUCUUAUUCAUGGCUAUUCAGCUUCAGGCUAUGUAGACGAGGCUUUUGAGUUAAGGGAUGAGAUGCAGAGAAUAGGCCUUGUUCCGAAUAUUGUAACUUAUAAUUCCCUAAUUAAUGGUCUUUGCAAGUCCGGUAACCUAAGUAGGGCACUUAAUCUUUUCGGUAAGCUGCGUUUGAAGGGUGUGGGUCCUAAUGUUGUUACGUAUAAUACAUUGAUUGAUGGAUACUGCAAAUCUGGUGAUACCACUGGGGCCUUCAAGUUAAAGCAAAAAAUGAUAGAGGAUGGAAUUGAUCCGAAUGUUAUUACCUAUUCUACACUGAUCAAUGGUCUAUGUAGUCAAGGGGAUAUGGAAGAAUCCAUCAAGCUUCUAGAUCAAAUGAUCGAAAGUCGUAUAGACCCUAAUUAUGUGACGUAUUGGACAUUGAUUCAAGGUUACAUCAGAUGUGGGAACCUGAAACAGGUUUCAAAGCUUUAUGAAGAGAUGCAUAUUCGCGGACUUUUCCCGGCAUUUCCUUUCAAAGGUAAUAUAUACCAGGCAGAACCUGCAGCUAAAAAGCAAGUCCAACAUGACUCAUACCAAGUGGCUGGGUGUACUGACGCAUGUUGAGACAGUUACACAGAAAGGGACAUGUUCCGAGUCAAGUGCUUUGUGCAUCUAAGUUACAAAACUGCAGUACAGUGUAAACCCAUCCCACGACUGCUGCGGCAUGUUCUUUCAUUUUAUCUUUAAUUAAGCUUCAUUUGGUUAUACUGUGCCGAGCGACGUGUCCAUGUGCAGUGUACAUACAUGAAGGUAUUGAAGAAGUUACAGAGAAAUAAUCAGCGUGGAACAGAGAAAAUCACAUUGAACUGCCAAUGUUGAACAGAGAGCAGAAAAUGCACCGUUCCACUGAACACCAACGUGGCCCUAAGCAGUAGUGGUGGAACUGAUGGGCUGUGAACAAGCAGGUAGAAUUUAACACUUGAAAGUGGCUUCCUUACCUUGAUGGUAUUCUAGAGGAAAGUACAGGAGAUGCCUAAUUCAUUUCGUUGAAGAAGAUGUGUCAUAUGCCAGUUACGUCUUUAAGGUGGUUCUUCCUUUUUUUUUACGCUCCCCGCAACUCUCAAGAUACAUGCAAAAUUUACUAUCUAGGAAGUAACUCGGUUUUCAUCAUACAUGGAGCUGCAUAUGACAAGACAGUCCAUAAUGAUUAGCUAUUUGGGGUGCACUCCAGUUGUGAAAUUUACCUUGAUGUUUCUCUAUGGUAACUAAGUGAUGAAGGGUCGGCAAAUCCGAGAAAUAAUGGGAUCUAUUCAAGUUUGUUGAGGCUCGAUGCGAUGGCUACGAGCAACAACAGAGAAUACCCUUCUCGACCAUCCGAUGAAGAGCUUGAUCUCCAAAACAUGAUCAUGUACGCACAAGUCAGCUAUUUCCCGGAAGAAGACGAAGAGAGGUCGACGUCGUCGCAGAGCUAUUCGUGCCAGAGAAUCCAACGUGCUGUUGUAGGCGUAUGCGCCUGUUGGCUUCUUUCGAGAGAUAUUGUGGCGCGAUGACUUGUCGCGAAGUUUGUUGUAAAUUAAGAGUGAAGACUGUCAUCCCCAUCAUGUAAUAAUGGUCGGAGAACAGGAAAUUCUGCAUAUGACGCAUUCUACAGGGAUGCGCCUUUUUCCUCUAUUCAACUGUGGAAUAGCACUCGGCGUUGCUUUCAUAUUGGGUUGUGCUAUGCUCUGCGGAUUUGACGAGCCGAUUCGGCUCGCAGAAGCCGGCAAAGUAGAGUUUUGUCAACAUUCAAGUGCUAUUCAAACAUCUCAGGCAUGGAUAUAGAGGUAGGGAUUUGUGGGGGUUGGGGAUAGCAUUUCUCUUCUGCAUAUCUAGGGUUGCAUACUAAUAUCCUAGUAGGGUGCAUCCUGUGAAACUCCUGUUCCAUUCAAAUACAUUAUUUAAACAUGUACAAGAAAGAGUAGGUUGUUUUGGAAUGU